AUGGUAUCAACUCGCGCAUCUCAAAGAAGAGGAUCAACCCGAUCCCAAUCAUCAAUAUCAACCUCCAAUAUAAACCAAAAACAACGGAUCAUUACUGCCAACAAGAAACAAGAAAACUUUGGGAGCCACCUUCCUAGUUGGUCGGUAAACGAACUCCGAAGAACUUUGCAAAAGAAGAAGAACCCCUCGAAUCGACUUCCAGUAGACUUCCAGGAAGCCUUACAAUUACUUCAACAAAACUAUCUCAAAAGCAAACUAAUGCUAGCACUUAUUGGGAAUGUGGGUGAAAAAACUGUUAACAAAUUCCUCGGAGAGAACAAGCCAUCUCGCAAACAAUGUGGUUGGAAUCGUUAUGUUGCCUUUAGCCUUGAAAGUCUGAAGCAUCCAGUUCCACCAAAAGGUACCUCUGAAGGCUGGGACCAAAGGAAUCGCGAGAUGGGUAAAGCUUGGGCCUCUCUAACUGCCGACGAGAAAGAGGUCUUUAGCUCCAGAGUAUUUCAACACUUCUCAAAAAUACCAUGUGGAUACGACAAAGACGACGAUGACUAUGUAGAGGACGAAGAUAGUGAACUGGAAGGUGACGAGGGAAGGGGCUUGUUAACUCCGGAUGAAAUCAGCCUGUACAUGCCACUUUACAAUAACUUGGUCAACCACGAUAAGGUGAAAGCGUUUAUUGCCAAAGGACCUGAAAGCGAAGGUCACAAUGCUGGCCAGGCCUACAAGCAAGCUCUCAAAAAUAUUAUGAACUUGAAUUCAGAGUUGUACACUGUUUCAAAUGCGUACAACACUACUUAUUACCUUCUCUCUGCAACCCGAACGCCUGGCCUCAACAGCUUUUGCAAGGAAUACUCAAACGAUGCUGCCUGGCUUGCUUUGGCCCAAAAAGAAUGGAAUUCUAAAGAAACGUUUGAGGCUUACAGUCACGGUCGACAAAUACAGGCCAACCUAGAAGCAAUCACUAAUGGUCCUGAGGGGGAAAGCGGUAGAGAUGCAGACCAAUUGAAAAAGAAUCUCCUAAAUGCACUCAAUGAUCUUUUGGAUGACUCAGCUGCAGCACGAGGUUCAAAAAAGGCAAUUUUUCCGAAGGGACCAAACCCAGUAGCUUUACUUUUAGAAAGCGAUCCAGAGUUACAAGUUGUCAGGGCGGAGGGUUCAAGACUAAGCGAGGAAUCUCUUUUACUUGGUUUUGAUAAGAUGAAAAAGAUUCCCAGGCAAAAAUGGCUAGCUGACAUCGCCAGCGGCCACUUUACUAUUGAGAAAAAUUCUGAUUAA